AUGGAUCGGAAUCCAAUCCGACCGCCUCUACCUCCAAGGAACGAUUUUGAGAUCAAACCGCAGAUCAUUGCCUUGGUGAAGCAAAACCAAUUCCAUGGUUUGCCCACUGAGCAUCCUCUUGAUCACGUCGACACCUUUGAGGAGAUAUGUAGCACAACUCGUGUUAAUGGAGUAUCGCCGGAUUACUUCAAGUGCAAGCUAUUCACUUUUUCUCUAAGUGACAAGGCGCUAAGAUGGGUAAAAUCUUUACCACCUCAGUCCAUUACAACAUGGAAUGAAUACAAGGGAGCUUUCUUGAACCAAUUCUACACUAAGCAAAGAUCCAACUCUAUAAGGAGCAAGAUUUCUGGUUUCAAGCAAGAUUCAAUGGAGUCAUUCUAUGAAGCUUUGGAGAGAUUCAAGGAGUACACAAGAAGCUGCCCUAACCAUGGCUUUUCAGAAGGUAACCUUUGGAACAUCUUUUACAAUGGGAUUGAUCAUAAAUACAAGCUUUCUCUCGAUACCGCGAGCAAUGGUAACUUUCAUGACCAAGUCGGUGCCGGAGGCAAAGCUUUUGAUUGA